AUGGCGCUGCGCAGCGAGAGCAUCGCGCGCGGCAAAGCGACGGCGUUUGUGCAGCUUCCUGAGCUGGAUGGCCACUCGCGCAAAGUAUACGCACUAGGCUUCAACUGCGAUGGUUCUAUGCUAGCCUCGGGCUCCAAUGAUCGCAGCAUUCGUAUCUGGGAUCCCUUCACCGAACGGGAGCUGAUGGAGCUGCGAGGCCACUCGGACUCAAUCCUGUCGCUUGCAUGGGACCCCACGACACCGAACCGCCUGGCUAGCACGGGCUCGGACAAGACAGUGCGCUUCUGGGACACCAGAACCGGCCGUAUCGUGAACAGCGUCUCGCUACCCAGUGAUUCCGCUAACAUUGCCUAUAACCACGAUGCCAAGUACGUCGUGGUGGGUAGCCUGGACUGCAUCACACUCAUCGACACACGCAAGGCGCGCGUGGUGCGGCGUGUGGUGAACCCCUUUCAGUCGUACGAAAUGCAGUUUAGCAAGACCGGCUACCUCUUCGUAGCGGCAGGCCAUGCGGCCGGAUUCGGUACCUUUGAAAUUAUGCGCGUAGUUGCGGAGAAGAAGGGAAACCCCAACCUGGAAAGUGCGCACAAGGUUAUGGCACAUGCGGGAAGCUGUGUGUGUUUGGAUUUGCACCCGUCAGGAAGGUUCCUUGCUUUGGGAGGUCUAGACUCGCUGGUGAGCAUUUGGGACUUGGAAGAACUUUACUGCGUUAAAACGUUUGUGGUCACGACAUCUAGCAUUAGAUCCGUGCGCUUCAGCCACGAUGGCAAAUACAUCGCAAUCAGUAUGGACGACCCCAACUUGAUCGUUGUGGACGUAGAAAGCGGUGAGAAGGUGGUUAAGCUGCAGCUCCAGAACAACGUGCAGUAUUUAAGCUGGCACCCAACCAAAAACGUGCUUGCUUAUGUCGGCGACAAGGCCUCAAGUGAUAAGAAUUCAAACCGCGACGGUGUCAUCAAACUGAUCGAGAUGAAGGAGUAG